CGUGCAGUCGCGUCUUAGAUUUUCCUUACCUAGGCUGCGAGAGCUCACGUUGAACGUGGCGUCGAUUUUUCUCUUACAUGUACUUAGCGGUACAUCUCGCCCGCGUGAAAUCGCUCACGAAUCUUGAACGUUAUGCGGAAGUUUGGUAUUCGUUGAGGGUGCGGACGGAAGUAGCAUCUAUUACCACACAGUAAAGUAGAACAAUCUCAAAGAUGAUGGACGGGCCCGGAUUAGGAUAUUCGUAUCAUCUUCCAUCCGCUGGUUGGAAUCUCAAAGUUAGAAACGCGCUGUCGCAAUUCAGCGACCUGUUCAGUGAAUUUAACAAGUACAUCGCGCCAGCUUAUCACCAUGAUCGCUGCGAGAGAUCUGUAAAAAUGCGUCUGUAUUCGAUGCACAAGAGGGAAUUUGCCAUGGUGUUCAUCGCAUUCUUGGUAUGCUUCGGACUGGCGGUAUUUAUUGGCGUCGCCGGGCCGCCUAUAAUAUCGACUAGCGAACAGAAAGCGCAUCUGAACAGCAGCGAAAUGGCCACUGGCCCAUUCAUCAUGAAGACGCCUCUGUUGUCCACGUAUAGCCAGCAAUUGUGGGUGAUCGCCAAGUUAUCGACAUCGAACAACGACGAUGAAAGAUACGACAAGGGGUUUCAAGUUAGCGUCUCUAUAGACGGUAUCACUUCCAGCCGCAAACUGGUGUCUGUGCUGCCGCUGGAAGCCGGGCAUAAUCGGACCAGACAUCUCAAGUGCGAGAGGCAAUCCUGCGAGGAGCUGGUCGUCGCUCAUCUGGGCUUUCUCGACUACAGCUACUACAUCAUCACCGUCCGUUUCCACGGGCUCGAGAGCUUCCAUCAGCGUUACACGAUACGGCAACUCACAUUCUACUUCAAGAACUAUAAUCCGGCGUUCACGCAGAUCGAGAUUUGGUUCCGGCUGAUCUUCCUGCUUACCACGUUUGGAGUGAUGUGCUGGUUCGGUCACUCGCUCAGGAAGUAUCCGCUGCAUGAUUGGUCGAUCGAGCAAAAGUGGAUCUCUAUACUUCUUCCAUUGCUGAUUCUCUAUAACAAUCCGCUGUUCCCCAUGACCUUCUUGGUGAACUCCUGGGUGCCCGGAAUGCUGGACGCGAUUCUGCAGACCACCUUCCUGUGCGCCAUCCUCAUGUUCUGGCUCUGCGUCUAUCACGGCCUCAGACAGAAUGAGAGACGACUCAUCACAUUUUACCUGCCUAAGUUCCUGGUUGUGGGUAUGCUGUGGGGCGCGGCAUUGAUGUUCGCCACGUGGCUUCGUUGCACCGAACUGGAGGAUCCUACAUAUAAUUACGUCCUCGAUACGUCUAAUUACUACGGCUUCAAGGUCUUCUUCUUCACAGUGGGCGGCUUUUACAUUGCGUAUUUGCUGUUUCUCAUCUUAAGGGCAUACAGCGAACUACGAUGUAUGCCAUACUUUGAUCUUCGUUUGCGUUUCUUGACGUUAUUCGUCACGGUGGUCGCAGGUGUUUGCUGCUUGGUCACCGCUCGUCAUUUCGGAGCCGGUGUAUUGGAGGACAGCUUCGCAUCUCGUCUCUCCACUUAUUACCGCACAUCCGCACAGUUCAUGGCCCUUUACGGUCUUCUCAAUUUCUACCUGUACACCAUGGCGUACGUUUAUGCGCCCGCGCUCCAGCAGGUUUACGGACAACAUUCGUCCAUAACGAAGGAUAAUCCCGCAUUUUCGAUGUUUAACGAUUCAGAGGAAGAAGUCAUAUAUGGAUCAGACGAGGACAGUCGGCGACCGUUGACUCGCGCCCCGCGAAACGCGGAGGACAGUGAUUAAAGGCCUUAAUGCGAAAGACAAGAGAAGAACGAGGAAAAAGCGAAACGUUUUUAAUAUGCUACGCUAGUUAAAGGAUAGAUUCGUCGAACGAGGAGACCAGUCAAGAGGAAAGAGCCAGCCCCGACGCGACGGGUACCGGCUUCCCGGAUCGCGUGUGUUCUAGUUAUUCAGCAGUCGUACUGCUGAGGCCGUAAAAAGGAAGAAAGAACAAACGCGAUAUCGUGUAGAUAAUAAUUUUGUUGAGGAAUUAAACCUGUGUUGAUCUUGGACGAAGAUUUCGGCAAUCGGAGUCACGUUUACACAGGACUCGGAUAUUAAAGUAUAAUGUAAAGAAGAAGACAAACAUACACACACAUCCACACAUACACCGAUAACGUGAAAACACGCUUCGUGUGUUGCAGCGUACGUAGAAAUAACGUAAUAACCGAUGAUGGAGAUUCAUGUGCGAUUUAAACGUUUGUAAAAAUAGUUAUAUAUACUUUGAACGAAAGAGAAAAGGAGAGAAAGAGAUCAAGAAAGCAGUACACACAUGUUUGUUGGUGGUUUUAGCAUUUCAACGUUUAGAACGAGACAAAUGUUCCUUCAUUUUCUCGUACGAAAGUAGCAAAAGAAGAAGAAAAGGAAACGCGUAUGGAAUCAGCGUGGCUCAAAAUGGCAUUGACACUUGAAAAUGUCGCUGUAUUUUGGACCUGGUAGCGCAGAUAUUUACGAAACAUUCCAUUGCAUCUCCGUUUCUUCUCAACGCCAGUGAUCACGAAGAGACAAAGUGGCGUGAAAAAGAGCAAUUUGCAAGAAGUUACAAAAUCGAAGUUUUUAAAACGUCACUCUUCCAUAAUCGCACGCGAGUCGUUGACAAAGUAAAUUUUUUACCUGAUAUCUUGAUCGUAAAUUCCAGGUAUACACCGAAUCAGACCCGAUGAUGAUGAUAUAACACGCCUCGAUAACGCGCCUGUGCGUAACUUAGAGAAAUGCAUAAAACGGCGAGACGAGAGAGGCAGCAAACAAAUAUUGUAUUACGUUACGUACUCGUAAGAUAUUACAAUAGUUUUUAUACGAGAUGUAUUUAACUGUUGGUAUGGCGAAUUUAAUAAAAAUAAGAGACACAUAGCUAAGAGCAUACGCAGCGAGCAUCACCGAGAGGAAGCGUUAACGAAGAUCUACUAAACUAAAGAAAGAGAGAAAGAAAGAAAAGAAAAAGAAAGAAAAAGAAAGAAAUAAAAAAAAGAAGAGUGUGCAAAUGUAAUACCGAUGUAAGAUACGUGUGUUUUAUACCUGAUAUCCUAUCUGCUCAACCCUCCUCCCCUCACCGAAAGAAAAAAAAAAGGAAAAGAACAAUAGAAACUAAGACGCAAGUACAUACGCCUUAGAAAGGAAAAGGAACGGAGAAAAUCAACAGGAUACUAAUCGUCGCUAUGAUUUUGUGCCGCUAACGCUGUCGUGUACGUGAUUGGUUAAUAAAAACGAUUUGCAAUCAUUGCUUA